UACCCCAGUGACAGACCUGGAGGGACGUGGAGCUUCAGCUACAGUGACGGAGAGUUCAGCAGAACAUGGACAGACGUCUUCUACAAAGGGACUCAGUGGUGAUUCAUUCGUACCUUCCUGUGAGGAAGUAGAGGUUCCUCCAUCAGCACCAUGUUCUGCCUGCAAGGAUCCCUGUCAACAGACUGAUACAGCCUCCUGUCCUCCUGUGGAGACCACCGUGGAUAAUGUCAGCAAUGACUCAGUGUCUCAGCAUUUGGACACUCCUGCUGGUGAAGUGGAGGAAUGCAUCGUGAACACUUGCAGUGAGGGAGAAAAAGUGCAAGAGGCAACAAACUCAAUGCUCAACAUGGGUCCAGAGGAACAAGAGUCCUUCCAGACCCCUGAAGAAAUGCAGGAUGAAAGCCUGGACACAUCUGCUGAGAGACCUGCAGACACAAAGAAACAUCUGGAGAGAUUAUUGAAGGAUCUGGGAUUGGAGCAAUACUACAGAGAAAAGAUAUCACUCAGCAAAAUACUUGAAAUUGAUGAGAAGACCAUCACUGAUGAACCUGUCAAGUGCCAAUCAGACUUUCCAUGGUAUUUUCUCAAGAAACUGAUGAUGGUUAAUGUGACAGCUAGAAUUAUGGAGCUAGAUGAUGAUCUGCUUGACAGUCCAAAUUUAGUUGACAUGGUAAACCCCCUCGACAUAAUCACUGCUCUCUUUCUGUGCUCUGAUGGUUUUGUGCAGCAGGAAAUGACACUAAAAAUGUCUUUAUGUCAGUUUUCUGUGCCUCUGCUGCUUCCCAACUGUGACACAAAACACUGCACACUCAUGCUGUGGGCCAUGAGAGACAUCGUUAAAAAGUACAGACCUCAGUCACUUUCAGAAUCCAAGGGCUUCACUGAAGAGAGAAUCGUUGUCUCUGAAAUUCCAAUGAUCUCUUUUGUGAGACUGGGUGAGUGCUCCUUGUCCAAGUCAGAGAUCCUCAAUAAGUUUCUGAGUAACUCUCAGCAGUACCAUGACACCUUUGUUCACCAAGAUAUGGAGUGUGGUGACAGUCCAAGAAGAAUCUCCAAUGGAUUGACAGAAAUUACUUGGUACCUUCCCUGUGGAAGCAAAAACUUGGAUGUUUUCAGUCAACCAGUGGCUGUAGCUAACCUUCGUGGUGACAUUGCUUCCUUUGAAACACAAUAUGCCUUUUUGUGUCAGACGUCUGCAGCAGUUUUUGUGUUCUUUGACAACUUAGACUCUGAAUGCAGCCUACUUACCAACGAGAACCACAAGGCACAAAUCUUCUUGGUGGGAAACCAACAGAGCGAGAGCUUCAGUUCAGAUGCUCUAAAAAAAGUAGCAACCAAGUUGAGCUUGACGGACAGCAACAUUAUUUUGAAGACAAAGAAGAUGAAUGAUGCAAAGUUUGUCACAAUCUUGAGGAAGAAAGUCAGUGAUGUAGUUGAGAACCCAAAGAUGAAGAUGUCAAUAGAGCAGAUGGCUGGCAUUGCUCAUGAACUGGGAAUCUUGGUUGAUGAAGACUCUCCAGAGUGUCAGGCUGGGAAAAAAAAUGCAGAUGCCAUCACUACAGAAAUUCAGGAUGUUCUUAAAUACAAAGAAGUUCAGCUUCCCCGGCAAGGCCAAAUAUGGAAAGAAUUAACACGUUUAGAGAAGGAAGAAUUCCGCCUUCGGAAAGCAGGGACUGAAAAAAUAGAGGAGUAUAAAAGUGAUCUUCAGGAACAGAGAAAGAAACUGCGACAACAACAGAACUCCUAUGCAAUGUCUACAGCUAUGACACGCUUCAUCAUCGCUAUAUCAAGCCCAGGAAUAGAAUGGUGUUAUUUCCUGAAAUGGAUGAGAAUGAACCUUGACAAUGUGUCUCGUCUGAAACUGUCUGGACUCAGGGAGAAGUAUAAAGAAAAAUGCAAGAAUUCUGAGAACAAAGAGGAGAUCAAAGAAAUUGACAGACAACUUUCCAACAGCUCACUGGGAACUGAACACUUCUUCCGUGAAAUGGGUCAGAUCUAUGAAGCUUCAGUUUCCCUUCCUGAAACGAACCCAUCACGUCGACAAUUACAGCACCUGCCCAAACUCUGUGCAAAACUGUUGCUAGAUGGAUUUCCUCUUGAACUUGUGGAUGGAGAUGCAUCCAACAUUCCUCUCAGAUGGGUGAGUGACGUUCUGUCUCAGCUCAAUGACAUGGUGGAUCCAAAGAGAAAGAUCCUGGUAGUUACAGUUCUUGGAGUCCAGAGCACAGGGAAGUCCACUCUCCUAAACACCAUGUUUGGAGUCCAGUUUGCAGUCAGCAGUGGGCGAUGCACUCGAGGUGCCUUCAUGUUGCUCAUCAAAAUCAAUGAAGAUGCCAAAGAAGCACUAAAGUGUGACUUUAUGGUGAUCAUUGACACUGAGGGCUUAAAGUCACCAGAACUUGCACAGCUGGACAACAGCUUUGAACACGACAAUGAGCUUGCAACGCUUGUUGUGGGGCUGAGCGAUAUCACCAUUAUCAAUAUCGCAAUGGAGAAUUCAACAGAAAUGAAGGACAUCCUACAAAUAGUUGUGCAUGCUUUUCUCAGGAUGAAGGAGGUGGGCAAAAAGCCAAAAUGUCAGUUUGUUCACCAGAACGUGUCCGAUGUGUCCGCCCAUGAGAAGAACUUACGAGACAGGAAACUGCUCUUAGAGCAGCUGAAUGAGAUGACCCAGGCAGCAGCCAGAAUGGAAAAGAAAGAGGAGAACAAGAGCUUCACUGACGUGAUGGAGUACAGUCCAGACACUGGGAACUGGUACAUUCCUGGACUCUGGAAUGGAAACCCACCAAUGGCACCGGUCAAUGCAGGUUACAGCGAGGCUGUGUAUGAGCUCAAGAAAAACAUUGUCCAACUAUUGGGAAGUUGUGAGUCGUCUGCUAAUAAUAUCUUGGAUUUCAAAGAGUGGAUGAGAAGCCUGUGGAAUGCAGUCAAGCAUGAAAACUUCAUCUUCAGCUUCAGAAACAGCCUCGUAGCUGACGCAUACAUGAGGCUCUGCACAGAGUUCAACAAAUGGGAGUGGGAAUUCAGAAAGGACAUGUACUCCUGGGUCACAAAUGCAGAAACAAAAAUUUCCAAUUUUGGUACAGUUGCUGCAAAAUCUAACACGUCUGACAAGGAACAGUUUCUCACUCAACUGAAAAAUGAAGCAAUCAGGGAGCUGUCGAAGUGGGAGACAAAGCUUCUCAACAAUCUAACACAGUACUUCAAGCAAACAGAAGGUCAUGUCUAUCUAGUUGAAGGAUACAAAGAGGAGUUCUCAAACAGUGCAAAGAGCCUUCGACGAGAAAUGGAAAACUCUGUUGUUAAUCAGCUCACAGCAGCAGCAGACAUCAGGUGGGGAAAAAGAGAACUAGACAGAAUCAAAGAGAACCACACAAACGAAAUAGAAAAAGCAGUGUGUGCAUUAAUUGAUGAAUGUCGAAAGAAAAACGUUCAGAUGACAGAGAAAGAACUGGACAAAGAAUUUGAUAAGAUGUGGAAAGAAACACUGAAGAAACUGACCUAUUCUAAACUACAGCCCACAGAUGUCUUCACCAGGGUGGAACACUGCCUGAGAAUAAAUCUGUCACACAAGGGGAGUCGUGCAAAUGAACUGUUGAGUCAGAAAAGACUGCGAGAUUGUGGAGUACAGCCUUUCAAAAAUACAGUUGAAGGAUUACGCAAAAAAGCCAAACACAAAAUGAUCACGUGGUGGCACGGCCAAGAUCAUGUACAAAAAAUGGCUGAGAACAUCAUAGCUGCUUGCACGCUGUUUGUAACUGAGAAGAUGGAAAGAAAAACCAAUUACCAUGAUACUUACAUCCAGGAGAUCCUACUCAUCAUUGAUGAGAGUUUGGAAAAAAAUCAAGAGACAGUGAAGACAGACAUCGAGUCUGAAGUUUCUCUAAAACAGCACAUCUGUGGAUUUGCAGCCAGAAGCUUUGAGAAAAUGCAGAAAGAUUUCAUACAAGAAAAUGAUCCCCACAGAUGUCUGAUGGAAAACAAGGAAAGGUUUCGUGCAGAUUUCAAAGAUGUUUUCCAUGAACGAGACCAGUGCCAGAAGAAGGCAGAAGAAUUCACAGACCAAUGCCUGAAGCCUGCUGUUGAAGACUUUGUCCAUCGUUCCUUAGGUCCAAACAUGGUUGAUGAAAUGCUCAAAUGUGAGGAGUUCAGCACACGGAUGUCCUUCCAGUAUUCACUUCUGAAGGACUUGCUUUCAAACAAAAAUCUUGAAGACUAUGUAUGCUACAGUUCCUCUUAUGAGAGCUACGUCAAGGAAAGAAUACUGCAGCAAAUAGAGGAACGUUUCUCAAACUCCUCUGCAACAUUUGAGUUUGAGGAUCGACAUCUUCAGUCAAGUAUCAGCAGCAUAAAUGAUGCCAUCAAAAAGGCCACAACAGGAAACAGUGACAACUUGAAGAAGUUUGUUGAAGAUAUCUGCAAAGAACUUGGUGACAAACUUGUCAUUUCCCAGGAUGCUCUCGGUGCUUUGAUGAUUCUGAACAAAGCUGAUCAGGAACAGUUUGCUCACUGGCUCACAGAGUCUGUGAAAGACAUGAAAGAAACUCUAAGAGAGAAGUUUAAAAAAUCAACCUUUGCAGAGAAACUAAAACAUCUCAAUAUGAAGCCCCAGAAUGAGCUUUUCACCAGAGUGAUUGGUUGUGGCAAACAGUGUCCGUUCUGUAAAGUGCCCUGUGACGCAGGAGGAAAUAAACAUACCCAGCACUUUGCUUCACUGCAUCGGCCAGAUGGUCUGGGUAGAUGGAGGUGGACGUCAACGAAAAAACUUACCACUGAUAUUUGCUCUUCCUCUGUGGUCAGUGACGGAAAGUUUUGCUGCAAUGCUACCAACAAUGAAUAUCACUCUUACAAAGGUUACAAGGAAAUUUAUCCAGACUGGAAUAUUUGUCCAGAUGUGAGCCUCGAGGCAUCAGACUACUGGAAAUAUGUUAUGAAAACAUACAAUGAAGAGUUUGCCAAAGCAUAUGGUGCAGAACCUGCUGAUAUUCCUGAAACAUGGAAACAAAUCACAGACCAACAGGCACUAGCCAGCCUCAAAGAGUCAUUUAGCAUCAAGUAAUAUUUCUCCUCAGUGAAGGAGGGAUCCUUUAAUGGUCACAUAACUGUAUCCAAGAGAAGAUGAAAGAUAUUGUGAGCACACAUACAUAUUUAACCACUUGCUUACAACAAGGUCAUUCAAGAAAAUAGCAACAAUAAAUUCUCACUUUAACUCAUGGUUGCAUUUAACAAGUUUAAUGAACUCUACUAAUCUGCUUUAAGACUCUUUUGUUUGACAGUUCAUGUCAUUAUAGUCAAACUGGAAAAUGUAUCAAAGCAACAGAGCGGCCAAACAUUCCUUAUUUUUCUUGAUUACAUUAAAUAGGAUAUGGGAGCAUUUUUUGAUUUAGUUUGUUUCGGGAAAGUAUUUGAUGUCAUUUUUUUUUUCAUUUGUGUUUCUCAGAUCUGGAUGUGGUAAUGUUAUAAUCACAUGAUAAUUUGUUACGUGUAUGAAGCGAUUGUUGACUCAGAAGUUAAAUCAUUUUGUGUUUGGUUUUCUAACAUGUCUGAUAUCAAGUAUUUACAUUUUCAGUGGAUCAGAAAAUCAUGAGGUUGUUUGUAUGAUCUAAAUGCUUUCAUGAAUGUACAAUGUCAUGUUGUCGAUUGUUGUAGUAAAAUUUCCUCUGUACUUGGAUGAAUUGUAUUAGUAAUGUGACGAUCACAAACAAGUCUGGACAUGACAGUUAAUCAGCCUCCUAGUAGACCAGACUCUGAGUAGCUUUCUGUUAUUUUGUUAUGGUUUGUGAUUCUGUUGUGAUCAGCAUCAAGCUACAAGGUCUCAUAACACUCAGACCUUGAGAUUCCUCGGCUGAGGAGUAUGUGUUGUCUUCAUGAGAAAAGUUGUGCUGUGUGAAGGACAGAUAAUAAUCUAAGUUUGUAUUUUGUGUUUUUGUCUGAGUCAGACCUCUGAACACGAGUCUGGUGUCGGAGCUCUGCUCUUUCAGCUGGAAUAUUCAUUCUGCAUUUCUCUUUUUUCAUUAUUCAUUGUUACUCCUUUUAUUCUUUAAUAAAUUACAAAGACAAA